UAACGUAGUGUUUUGUGUUCAAAAUGCAAGCGAUCGAUGAAGAUACGGAAGCAGAUGCGUCAAAGGUUGAUGUACUGCUGACAUGGCCAGACUUUGUUCAUUCUCUUGAAGAGGCAAGACAUCAAAAUGGAAACUUUUCUGAAGAAAGAGACUGGUUCAAGCUUAAUCCAUUUGAGGUGCUACACCUUGGAUGCCAAAGUAUUAUUGCACAAGAUAAAGUCAUACAGAAGCUUGGUACAAUUAACAUUGGCCUUGACAACAUCACACCAUUUCUUGAUAAAGCUCCACGGAUGAUGAAAUGGAUAGCUGACACUCUUUGUACAGUAAUGCUUGAUGAGAAGUGUUCAGUGUACAUGUGGCAAAAAUGCUGGAACACAGUCAAUGGUAUGAGGUUGCAAAAAGAACAAAGCCUCAGACUGCAGUUUAAGCUACACCAGUCUCUUUGGAACCAAGUCGACGGUUUAAAGGCUUGCAUUCCCAGCCAGCCUCUAGCUGUAAGGCAGCAAUUUGAAUUACUUUGUGAGCAUUUUGAAAGAUUAUGCAUUACUGGUCAACAAGAUGCCAUUCAUCUCGAUUUCAAAUACAACCAGGAACGUUCUAUAUCACUGCAGAUUGCAUUGCUUUCCAAGAGUUGUGGUCUCGACAAGCUGGUCUCACUGUGGAGGAGCAUAGGCAUCAACGAAUUCAUAGAAAACUGUCGAAAAAAUGCGGUGUCUGAAAUCGAGUUGGUACAAAACAUAUUAUCCCUGAUAGAGGAAACGAUGCCUCUUGAUGAGAAUUUUGAGGACAAGCAAUAUUUUGACUUCAUCGAUGCUAUGUUUACUAUCACUGAAAAUUUUCAACGAACUUUCAAUAUCAAAUCGUCUUUAGCUGCGAAAAUUCUUGAAUACAUUCAUGUCGUUCUGUGCUCUUUGCAAACCAAAGGAAAUUCAUUGAAAGGCAUUUGGGAAGAAGUUCAAGUCGACAAAACACUCGAUGCGUUAGCCCAAUUCUCUUACAAAGAAGGGGGUGACACAAGCAACGCUGCUGAUAUAUUCUUACAUAUGCUGGAGUUUAUGAUGUCAUCAGCAGAGCUGGCUAUCCCACAAUCCAAAGCGAUCUUAGUUUACUUGCCAAAUAUCCUCUCUCCAGUUUUAGAUCUGAAAGAUAGCCGUUUCAUCUGCAAGGCACUUGAAUAUGGGUCACUGGCUUUCCGAACAAAACAUAGCAAGGCUUUGCUAGGUGAAGGGAUAUGGUAUAUGAAGAAAUGUUCUUUGCUUUUUCAGCCUAAUGAUGUUAUUAGAGAGCGUUCAAGAAAAUUUCAACAUCGAAUAGAGGCGGUUUCCACCGUAGCAACAAUCAUUGAUAUUCUUGUAAACUCAGUUUCAACGCAGUCUGGCAGCCCAUGUGAGACAAUAAAUGGUGCACCUCACUGGUCUGAAAAAUUUGCAGAGCUGCCUUUUGCAAAGCAAUUUGAAUUCCAAGACGAAAUAGAUUCCAAAGAUGACUCCGUGAUAAAGGAGAUAAACUUCUUGAUGUACGAACUUGCAUGCCUGAUAACCAAGAAAGGCGAAAACAUAUGCUACACAUUUGCAAGUGUUAUCCCCGCACUUUGCAACCCAUCAUACCUUCCCAGCGUUCCUGAUACACUCAUUAUGCAUGCUGACCUAUUCCGAGACUUCGAAUCAGGAAAGACUCAUAUUUCCUGGAAGGUGGAUAAAAAGAUUUUGGCCUUGGCGGCAUUGAAGUUAUGCGUGAAAUGUAUGAAAUAUGGGUCGUCAUCUGCAUUUCAGAUUUGUUCCGUUAUGAUUCCCAAGCUUGUUAAAAAUCUCAACCGAACACUUCUGACAGACGAGGAGAAGCAUGAUGCCCUGAAAGAAUUCAUUGAUACCUGCUACACCAAGGCACACGAGAGAGAGGCCGUGAAUGGCAUGGUAACUCAUGGUCUCGAUCUGAUCUCGAUGUUAAUGCCAGAAGAUGUCAACGUUUCGAAACUCAAAGUAUUCCUUCCCAUGAUGCUCAAGUGUCUGGACAAAUUGUUAAACAGCUCCAGCCUGCUGUUUAUACGAAGCUCGUGUGAUUUCUUUGUUAUAAACUUUCCCGAGGAAGCAGAACAGUCAAAGGCCCUUUUUCUUGUGUUGCUCCAAAAAGGACGAAAGGCUGACAUUCGAAACAUUCAUUUGAUGUCUGCUCCGUGGAUAAAAGAAAAUCGCUUUCGAUUCAUUCGCCAUGCUAUUUACGAUUUUGCACUUGGAAUUUUCAAAUCGAAGCAGAUUGAGUCCCUGUGUGAGAUUAUAACUAGCAUAAUCCAAGUCGAGAAAGGCCUGAUGGUUGAAAUUAGCGACGGAGAAAAAAAUGGUAAUGGGAAGGAGCUUUCUGUUUCUCAACUGACUUUGCCUCUUAUUGAAAGUUUGAAAGCCUCAAUAUCAAGUAGAGCAUUUAACCAGAAUGCUCAAAAAGAGUUACUUAUGAGAGUGUCAAAUUUAACUUUGUUCAAGGCAUUAUUUCAAGACGAGCUCGUAAAAGAAAUCAAGAAACAUGACAGUAUCAAUAUAGACGUCGAUUCCAAGAUUCCACGCGAUAUUCGAGCAGAUGCCGAUUUGAUGAAGUUGUUGCAGUCGAUGGGUCGGAGAAUCGAGCAUAUGCAGCUGCCUCGUUAUCAUGCAUUAAAAAGAAUGGUAGUCAGCAUUGUAAAGUAUUAUCUUUCAGAGGAGGUUGAGUUGAAUUGUUCAGAAUUGAAGUCAUUUGAAGAGCGAAAUUCCGAAGUAGAGGGCUAUAAUUGCCUAUCACAACGUCCGGAUGCCAGUGCUGAAGAAGGCAGGGAGAACGCUUUGUUGCAAGAAAUGCCGGAAGACCGGGUGAAUUUCGAAUGCGAUAAAGAUGCAAGUAUGGCAGAGGGAAAGAUUGCAAAGAUGACUGAUUCAACAGGACCAGGAUUUCUCGACAUCCUUAGUAGAAGAAAUGAAUCUUUGGAACGUUAUUUGCGAAACCUCCCAGAGAACGUACGAGUUCAUGAGCGACUUGUCACCGUUGGAUACAGCGAGAGGAUUUGGUGUGACGAAAUCAAAGUGAAUGUAGUGACAGAUGGAAGUCUGAACAUUGAAGAAAAUCUGAGACAGACGCUGUUAGCAUCGUUUACAGAAUAUGUAGAUUUAUUCAAACAGCUUGGUGUGCCCUAUGUGAAAAUUGAGGGCAAAGACGUCAAAAUAAAUGAGAUCUUUUCUGACGACCUCACAAUGACAGAUCUGAAAGGUAGAAGAGCGAUAGCUGUCAAGGUUAUUGAUAAACAACUGAGCCGCAACCAGCAACCUCGUAUUCACGAUAGGAAGCUACAGUUAUUAGCAGAUGAGGAGAGAAUAGAAAGUGAUAUGGAGGCUAAGUCAUCAGCAAAGCUGAAGCGGACAGAAUUCACAAUAAAGCUAAAUAUUAAGUUCUUUGAUUGCGCACGAUGCUGUGGGACGAACAUAAUUGGAUGUUACGCGCCAAACGGAGAUCAUUGUGAAAGACCUUUAGAAAUAGGCAUGCGAUGUGACAGUGCAUUUGCCAGUAUAUACGAUGAAGCUGGGGAGGAGAUUGAGAAUGCAGAGAUGCUUUUCAUGGAUCAAGGUGCCUUUAUCUAUCGUGCUUAUAGCAAUGGACAUCCUUAUGAUACUGCACAGAUAUGGAUUGAGUUUUUUGAAGAACUACUUGACAAAAAUGACUUAGUUCCUGCCAUUAUCCUUCCAUACCAUAUGCCAAAUAGACACACAUGGGAGAUGGUUAGAAGAUUUGUUCCAACCGUCCUAACUGGUGCCAUAUUGACGUGUGAUUUUGAUUUUUCACCUGAAUGGAAAACCUAUUAUGACGUUAGGCCGGAUUCAGUUCGCUGUGGAAAAGACAUCAUGAUUGGUAAGGGGUUCAAAUCACUGAAAUCGCCCAAAGAAUUUCAACGACAAUUCUCACGCAAUGUCACCAAAGACCUUGGAGGAAUGAUAUUCGAUGACGUCAUUCAGGCAAUGCUCAAAGAUGAUAUAUUGAACAAGCUCAGAUUCCUUGGGAGCUCAAUUGCCGAGUAUGUAAGUGAACUGAUAGAAACGGGAAGUGAACAGGAGAGCAUAAUAUCAGACGUUUUCAAUUACAACUUUUGGAAGGAAAAGUUCAAGACGCAAUGCAAAGAGGAGCCAUUAUCAAAGGAGGAAAUUUUGCUUCGAAUACGCAAAUUAGUUCGGAGGUCACUGGAAGAAUUUAUCUCAAGACUUGAUCUUGAUGAGAUGUUCGAUUCAACAAGAAAGCAGUUUUUUCAACUCAAGCGGUUUCAGGAAAAGAGAAUGGAUCAGUCAGAUGAGAAAUGCUCUCAAACUGCUGUUCAUGAGAUGGCAAAUGUUUUGAAAGCGAGACUCAGAAUUGUUUCCAUAAACGACCUCCCACAAAAUUUGCAAGAAGAACUGAUGCAUUGGAUCUUUGGCAACGAGGACAGGGUGUGGCGAUAUCGAGGCGGUCGUGAUGGUUACGAGACAAUUGAGCAGUACUUGAAUUUUCUACCGCAUGUAAGAAGCGCCAAAGAGAACGAAAGCAUCUUUGCAUUUCCUGGAGUAAUUGCCGUUGUUACCAAAAGAGGAAAUUUUUCACUGACUGCAAUCCAGCUGAAAGAUAUUGCGGCAUACGCAGUCGGGGAAUACGUUGAAGAAUUUGACGAAGCGGAUGAGGCGGUAAUUUCCAGAACCGAAAUGCCGAUGUAUUAUGAAAUCGUCACUGCAUGGGUUGACCCCAAUUAUCGCAAGCUGAACAUCAGCAUUAAACUUUACUUGGAAAUAUUCAAAGCUGUUCGUUCCUCGUAUGUAGCAUUUGACGUGCUCCAAGGAAGCAGCGCUAAACUUGUGCAAUCUUCGCCAGCAUUGAGGUUCGUCAAGAGAUUGCUCCCAUUGUCAAUGAUAUAUAAAACACACGAAAGGUCAUAUCAAGUGGAAACGGCUACUGCGGAGGAGCAAUUUGAGCGCUAUGCUGUACGGCGUAGGCCAGUCAAGAUGGUAGUCGUUUUAUACGAGGCGUUGAUAUUCAUGCUAAAAUCAAAAUAUUUUGUCUCAUUGCCUAUCAUUUUCGGCCUUGUCGCUGUUUUCUUAUAUAUAUUGAUGUAUCAACAGUAUUAAACUUAUGUAUCGCGCAGCAGACGUUCUGUUUGUAGAAAUCAAUAUUUAAUUCCUAUUCAAUUACCAAAUGCAGCAUUCACAGGAAAAUCGGCAGAACUAAUAGGAACAUCAAAACUAAACAGUUUCUUACAAGCACAUUUACUCAUGGAAUACGUUACUGUCAUUGAAACUCAAAGCACACAUUUGGGCUACAGUCCUUGGCCAUAAAGAUGGUAGACCACAAUAUUGACGUUCAAAAAUUGACAUCUCUAGGAUUAAGCUAUUUAACUAAGUCAUCAAAACUGUUCUAACCCUAUCCCCCUUACAAAAUCAAUUCCUUCAUAACGUGUGUCCAAACCUAAUAAGAUUGUUACAGUCAUGAAAUAUUAAUUUCAAGCAACUUUUAAAGCGGCUUUUAAAAUUUGUGGAGGUUUAGUGAGAGAGUUCCAGCUGUUUGGGGAAGAAUUUUAGGGUCUGUGGGAGGCAGGUGUUAAGAGAACUACAUGAUCCUGAGUAACACAUGGCUCUAGUGGAAAGGGUGUCUUUGCAAAUUCAAGAUAUGGAACUAGGCAAUACGUGUCCCAAGGUUAACAUUUGAUUCAAUAAAAUGGGAUUGAUCACAUGGGAUUUGUCGAGUUUUUUAACUGUUUGAAGAACAAUAAAUAUUUGGCAAAGGCUAUUAAAACAGAUAAGAGCAAUAAGAACCAAUGGAACCACUUAUAUUACUCUCUAGAAUACCUGUAAUUUUAAUACAUUUCUUACAUGGAAUUUUUUCUUAGGGCAGAUUUAUAAUUAAUUUGUUUAAACUAUUUUUUUCGAUGAAUCUAUAAUCUACCUUAAUUCUUCCUUCUGUAAUAAUGAUACAUAAAAGGAAAAGUUGUAGAAUUUUCAUAAAUCCAAUUAGUUUCCUAUUUCCUAGAUUUGCUACGUUGUAUCAAAGUAUUGUAAUAAAAUAAAUGACUUCAUUCAUGUUAAUGAAUUUAGAUUUUGUAGAUAUUAAAAGCUGAUAAUUUUGUUGUCAUUAACAUAAAAAAUAAGGGUUAUUGAACUUUUUGGUUGAUAUUUACUCAAAAACAUAAUUUAUUUUUAUAAGUUUGUGAAGUAUUUUGAAAUAGCGUUCUUUUUACAUUUUCAUUCAGUUUAUGGAUUUCGAAAAUCAAUAUCUUAUUUUUAGAUAUUUAUAAUAUAGGUUAAUUGUUGUAGUUAAUUUGUACAAUUUGUGUUUCAUAUUAAUAGCUAAACAAUUAGCAAACAUUAUUUCUUGGUUAUUUCUAUGUAUUAGAAACAUUUGAAAUAUGAUCAAAAUAAAGUUCUUAUAGUUGAUUUGUUAUGCUUUUUCAAAGCGGGUAUCUGCUUAAAUGGGAAUUUCGCUACGUCGGAUAAUUCCCUUAACUCCCUUGAACUUCAAAUUUAUUCUAAAUCAAGACACACAAAAGACUUUAUCAAAUGACGUGAUUUCUUAAAAAGUCGGAACAGAAAUAAGCGAACUUGGAUUUUAUUGCAAAAGAUCUUAAUUAAGACCAUCCAAGAAGACAGGUUUUCUUAAAGAGUAGAAUAGAAACGAAAGGGCAAUUUUAAUAUAGCAAACAGGCAUGAAGAGAAUGCAUAAAGAUUAUGAAGAGUCGAAACAGACAGGAGAUUCUGCUGCAAGGGUUUCCGAUAUAAUGGGAACCAUUUUCGUAAAAGAUGUGAUUUCUUACUACGAAAAACAACAUAAAAAACAAAAAAUUGUGUUGGAAGCGACCCAUGAUAUGAUCAAGGCCAUCUCAAAACAUAUAACAUUAUCAGGUAGAAGUAACAGAAAGAUUCUAUAGCAGAAAGUUUUUUGAACUUUCAACCUGUCUUUUAGAGAAAAAAGAAAAAGACAAUAUUCGAAAUAUACCGUUGUAAUUAUUUUAUUCUAUAAAUAUAUAUAACGUUGACGUUAUGCAUCUUUAAAAAUUCUACGCAGACAGCCAAGCUGUUUGAAACCCAAAAAUGUCCUCUUUUAUAUGCUUGGAAAAUCGACAGCAGAAUAAACUACAUGACACGACAAGGCGAGUCUUCCGACGUUUCCUAUCUGGGAAACAGCGGUAUUCU